AUGGCAUCCUAUGUAUAUUUCAAGUUCAAGUCGCAGAAAGAGCCUCAGCGUGUAACCAUCGAUGGUCCUCACACGGAUGUUUGGAACCUCAAACGUGAGAUCAUCACUAUUUCUCGACUAGGAGAUGGGACCGACUUUGACCUCAAGAUCUACAAAGAGAACAGUAAUGAAGAGUACACCGAUGACACCGAGAUCAUUCCCAAAGAUUCCACCGUCCUCGCCCGACGACUUCCUGCUUCUGCCCCCGGUAAAGGCCGGGCUGCUCGCUAUGUCUCUGGAAAACCUCCAGCGAGUGCGAAGCAUACUCACAGUGCUACUGCAAAAACUCUAAAGACGGUAGAGAUGAAUAGUUCGAUGACAGAGCAAGAGAAACUGCAGGCCAUGCUGAAGUUCACCGACGCCCAGUGGCAACAGAAACAGGAAGAAAUGUCCCACGAAACCCGUGUACCCGUUUCCGGCAAACCAUUCAACAAAAAGGCAAAUAUUCCCGAAGGUGAGCCACCGCACGGAUAUAUCUGCUAUCGUUGUGGAAAGAAAGGCCAUUGGAUCCAAGCCUGCCCAACCAAUGACGAUGCUAAUUAUGACAACAAGAAUCGCAUCAAGAGGACUACUGGUAUCCCUCGUUCCAUGCUGAAGAAGAUCGAUCAAUCAGACAUUGAUAAACUAGAUGAUGCUCAGCGACAGAAUCUUAUGGUCAACGCCGAAGGAGAUUAUGUCUUUGCUCAAGCGGACGAAAAGGCUUGGAGAAAACAUCUAGAGCAAGUCAAGGCUUCGGAGGCUGCUCAAAAGAAAGUACAAGUUGGUAACAAGGAGCUACAAGAUCGAGGCCUGGAAUGCUCGAUCGACAAGCGCUUGUUUGUAGAUCCAAUGAAGACACCCUGUUGUGGGAAGACUUACUGCCAUGAUUGUAUUGAAAAUGCUUUACUCGAGAAUGAUCUCACCUGCCCGGGUUGUGAGACUGAGAAUAUCAGCCUCGAGCGCCUUGAGCCUGAUGAAGAGACAAAAACCAAGAUCAAGGAGUACCAGGCAGAAAAAGCAAAUGAAAAGCCCAGAUCUAGAAGCCCAACGGUUGCUGCCGUUUCACCAAAGGUGGAAGAAUCGCCCAAGAAAUCUAGACCUGCUUCACAAGAUGGGACCAACUCGCCACAAUCAAGCAGUGGACAAUCGCAAUCCAAGAAAAGGAAUGCAAGUGAGGUUGACGGAUCAACCGUUUCUGAUAGUCUCGCCGCUCCGGCAAUGAAACGCCAAAGAUCAGGAGAAGCGGUAUCAUCAUCAACCUCAAAACCAGACCCCGCUACAAGCAAGCAACAUUCAUCAAACGACGAUCCUUCGAACAAUGAAAAAGACGAAAGUAAUAAUAGUACACUACCCGAGAACAUGAUGCCCCCUGAUAUGUCACAGAUGAUGCAAGGCAUGAAUUUCCCUGUGAUGCCCAAUUUCAAUCCGUUCAUGAUGAAUCCUAUGGCUAUGAAUAUGGGGAUGGGGAUGGGGAUAGGGAUGGGGAUGAAUCAGAUGAAUGGCAUCAACGGGAUCAACGGAAUGAACCCCAUGAACUGGAUGCAACCCAACAAUUUCAACAUGAACACGGCCAACGGUAUGAACGGAAUGGAUGGCAUGUUUCCGAACAACGGUCCUAAAGCUUUUGGCAAUCCAAUUCAGAACUGGAACAACAUGAACCAAGCUCCGAGCGGCCCGCGACAGAACGGGUUCAGUAACAAUAGUCGACCACCAUAUCGGAACCAGAAGUUCAACCACAAUCAAAAUAACAAUCAUCAAUUCAACAAACCACCACCAGCCCAGCCUGCCAGCAUGCCGGGUGUACCGACUGGGCCAAAAGCCUUGCAGAAUCAGAAUCAGAACCAGAACUUCUAUCCACCGACAGGACCAGCUGAGAACAAGUUUGCUAACCAGCAGCGACACGUCGGGAACGAGGAGGACAACGCUUACAUGCGCCAGCCGGUCAACCCACAUCGUCAUGUCAAUCGAAACCGCAGGGCGAGACAGGCGGAUUAUAGGGAACUGUAA